AUGCACCGACAUUGGCGUUGGGAAUCAUCCAAGACUAGGCUUGCCAUCACCACACCUGCGAAAACCAGAACGGUCGAUUGGCUAACCAGUAGCAUCAACCGUACUUUUGGGGUUGUUCGGCUCCGACGCUGCUUGGGAGGUCUGGGUGGUAAAAUCGUUAGCCACCCUCCCUCGAAACGACAGCACAGGUUUCUUCAGGCCAGAAGGGACUCAGAUCUGUCCCACCUUUCAACAUUGCAACAUAAUGAGAGCGAUGAUUUGUCAAGUGCAAUUACCAUGAUAGUUUGCGACUUUGUCCGCGAGUGCCAUGAGAUGACAUCUCAGACGGCAGGCAGAUGCAUAUCUAGCCAUGGUGCAACACCGUGGAGACCAUGA